AUGGCCACUCAGGUUCGACUUGCUGCCGCCCAUGUCGCCCCCAUCUUUCUCUCCGCUCAUGAAACAACACACAAAGCAAUCCACUUGAUCGAACAGGCUGCUAAAAACAAGGCAAACCUUAUCGCGUUUCCGGAGUCUUUCAUAUCUGCAUUUCCCAUCUGGAGUGCCCUGCGCCCGCCGACCGAGAACCAUGACCUCUUUCAGCGAAUGGUCCGGGAAUCCAUCCACGCAGACGGGCAGGAGAUACAGGCGGUCCGCGCGACUGCGAGAAAGUGCAACAUCAUAGUGAGCCUUGGCUUCCCGGAGAAGGCCCGCACAAGCAGUGCAACCUUAUUCAACUCGAAUAUGAUCAUUGGAAACCGGGGGGAUGUUCUCGUCCAUCACCGGAAACUCGUGCCGACGUUCUUCGAGAAACUGACUUGGUCGCCUGGGGAUGGCUAUGGACUGCGGGUUGCGGAUACAGAGUGUGGGAAGAUUGGGGCCCUUAUCUGUGGAGAGAACACCAAUCCUCUGGCUCGAUAUGCUCUCAUCGCCCAGGGCGAGCAGAUCCAUAUCUCGACCUGGCCAGCCAUAUGGCCAACCCGGUUGCCAUCGCAGCCUGUGGCGGAAAAACACAAUCCACAGUCUGAUGCAAUGGGAAAAUCAAAUUAUGACAAUGUAGCGGCGAACAGAAUCCGUGCGGCAGCCCAUUGCUUCGAAGCGAAAUGCUUCGGAGUUCUCUGCGCCGGGAUGUUGGGACCCGAUGCGAUUGAUAUCGUUUCCUCUAGUUCAUCCAGUGUUAAACAGUCCAUGGAGCAAUCCCAACGAGCCGCAACUAUGUUCCUCAACCCGACUGGGGCACCCAUGCAGGGAUUUGUGAUAGAUGAAGUUACAUCGGCUCAGCAUUCUGCCGAUUUCCUACAAGCUCGGGAAGGCAUCCUGUACGCCGAUGUUGAUCUGACCGACUGUGUUGAGGGCAAGCAAUACCACGAUACCGCCGGUGGCUACCAGCGGAUGGACGUCUUUGAUCUCCAAGUAAAUCGGACCCGUCAACAACCAGUCAGAUUCACUGACACAGUUGACUUGCAGCCUGACCAGGUCCCGCACAAGGGAUCAAAAGGCAGGCGGGACUAG